AUGACAUCAUCACCCUCUUUAAACCACACCAAUCUCAGAGACAUCUGGUACACCAUGACUGGGAUCCCAGGACUCGAAGAUGUACACGCAUGGCUCUCCAUCCCCAUCUGUUCCAUGUACAUAGUGGCUGUUGUAGGCAAUGCAUUCUUAAUAUGUCUCAUCUUCACUGAGUGCACUCUUCAUGAACCCAUGUACCUUUUCCUUUCCAUGCUGGCUCUGGCUGAUAUAUUUCUCUCCACAGUGACCAUCCCAAAGGUGUUAGCAAUCUUCUGGUUCCAAGCCGGAGGCAUUUCUUUUGCUAGCUGUGUGUCACAGAUGUUUUGUCUCCACUUCAUCUUUGUGGUUGAAUCUGGGAUACUGCUGGCCAUGGCUUUUGACCGUUAUGUGGCCAUCUGCUGUCCUUUAAGAUACACCACCAUUCUAACCCCGUCAGUCAUUGGCAAAAUGGGCAUUGCCUCUCUGACUAGGAGCUUCUUCAUCUGCUCCCCCUUGGUCUUUCUUGUCUAUCGACUCACGUAUUGUGGGAGGAACAUCAUCCACCACUCAUACUGUGAACACAUGGGCAUUGCCAGGCUGGCCUGUGGCAGCAUCAAAGUCAAUAUCUAUUAUGGUAUGGUCAUGGCUCUGUUCUCAGUAUUCCUAGAUGUGGUGCUUAUUAUCAUCUCUUACUUACUGAUACUUUGCAGUGUGUUUAGAGUUCCUUCCCAAGAUGCUCGACUCAAGGCUCUGGGUACCUGUGGCUCCCAUGUCUGUGUCAUCCUCUUGUUCUACACACCAGCUUUCUUUUCAUCCCUUGCUCACCGUUUUGGGAGUCACAAAAUACCACUCCAUGUGCACAUUCUCCUCGCUAGCCUCUAUGUGGUGCUGCCACCUGCCCUCAAUCCCAUCAUUUAUGGAAUUAAGACCAAACAAAUUCAGGAGAGGGCUAUCCAGGUCUUUUCUUCCAACAAAGCAUUUUUUUUAUAUAACCAACCACGUUAA